AUGUUUGACUUCGCCCUCCGCGACUCCUCCUUUUCUGACAGAGAGAAGAGUUUAGCAUGGUGGGCUUCAAUGCGCUACUGGUUUAAAGAGAAGGGGUAUAUCUUGUACGAAUACGACAAAGAUCAGGAUGGGCGACCUACGUCUGAAUUUGAGGGCAUGACGCAGUUUCCGUAUGCAUACCCUGUGGCCGGCCCUUCCACCAACCACACCUCUAAGCCACCUUUCAUGUCAAUUUUCCAUGUCCGCACCAUAUUCGCCCAAGACUUGCAAGGACGGCAUGUGGUCAUUAAGCCUAUUCCAAAUGGCUCAGAAGAGUACAAGAUUCUGCGCUUUUUGCUGGAAAAUUUCGAUUGGUCUGAUUCCGCAAGAUUCUCCUGCGUGAUACCUGUUCUUGAUCUCCUUCGUUACGAAGAGCAAUGGUUUGCUAUUAUGCCCAGGUGGGGCGAAAAUCAUACUGCUCCAUGGUAUGCUACUUGCUCUCAAGUUUUGGAUGCUAUCCGGUGCUAUCUACGAGGUCUCACUUUUCUUCACGAACACCGCAUCUUCCACCGGGAUCUCGACUCUCAAAAUCUCUACGUUAACCACUUUUGUUGCAUCCAGUGUUUGUACGACAACCCCGCUCGACACGAGUUCAGAAAACAGGGCCUUGCAAAAUACGCCAUAGCAGACUUCAACUUGUCCAUCAUGUUCGACGCCAACACCAACCCGCGAGACUGUCGGCUUUCCUGGAAGGAGGCUUAUGGGAUCUAUGAUCAGCCCUAUGAGGUCAACUACGCGCAGCUGGAUUUCAAUCCAUUUGCUUACGAUGUUGCGGCACUCGGGAUACACUUCUGUCACAAAUUUCGGCAUCUUUCUGCAGAAAUCCCGUUACUUGCCCCACUAUUGGGUGGUAUGAUAACUUAUGACGUGGGACAACGUUUUACGGCAUCGGAGGCGCUUGCCUUUCUUGACGAGAACCAACAGUUUCUAACCGAGGAACAGUUUUCUGCCUCACCGUCAAUGAAAAGCGACCAUCCAGAUGCUCUAGCAUUGUCCUGGCGUGAUUACAACAUGUGGGCCAGUCUCUCCCCCCAACAAAUUGCAAGAUGGGGUAGAUAUCGUGAAACCAAACCCAAUAUUUUCAUGCGAUAUGUCGUUAAUUGGCUUUGUUGUCGACGAUGGGGCUGGGCAUUAGUUUUGCACACAAGGCAGAUCUUUCGAUAUGCGUCAUCCUUGGCCUCUCGCCUCUUCGGCCAGCCCUCACAGAAAUUAAGAAAUGAUUAG